UUUUUCCCUGAAGAUGCUUUCUACUUCUCGCGCCUUGAGAUUGAAAAGCUAUUCAGUUCCCACCAUUCGAAGCAGAACGAAGAUGGAUUCGCCACCUAGAGCUGUUCUUUGUUCUUGUCCGACAUCUCUUUCUUCUUCGCCUCCCCGAGAAGAUUGCAAAGAAGGGGGUGAUGAUGGCGUUAUUAGUCUGCAGGAGUGGCAGGGCUGGGGUACUUCGUCUCAGUUUCCUCUCUUGGUGAAGGAGAUUGUAAAGGAUAUGAUGGCUAUGGAGAGAACCAUGGAUGGCCAGAUGAGCUUUGGUGGCAAUGGAGGGAAGCUUCAGGGAGAUUUCAAGCUUAUAGAGGAUAAAAAGCAUAGGGCAACAUACCAAGCUUUAGUUGAUUCCGAAAAGAAACUUCAAUUUUUUGCAGCUCGACAGAUAGCAUGUCGUUUACUUGGAAGUAGGGGUUACCUUUGUCAGAAGUGCUGGCUUCCUCUGGAAGAUUGUAUGUGUUCAAAAAUCACACCCUCCUCUCUAUGGCAUGGGAUACGGUUAUGGGUGUAUAUGCAUCCAAAGGAUUUUCUGCGUCAAAAUAAUACUGGAAAAUUGCUGUGGCAAGUAUUUGGAGUUCAUGCUGCAACAUUAUGCCUCUUUGGCAUUGCUGAACAUGAAGAAAACAUGUGGAAUACAUUCAAGCUUGCAGGAAAAAGCAUGGUCUGGUGCCUUUAUCCUAAUUCAAACCUGUCAACCAAGUCAGUUCAGGAUGCCUUUCAGGGAUCUUUGGCUAGUUUAAAAGCUCAGCAACCGAUGAAGUAUGAAGAUGGCCUGUUGAAUUUUAUUUUGAUUGAUGGUACAUGGAACAACUCAGCUGCGAUGUUCAGUCGUUUGAAGGAACAAGCAAAGUUGGUCUGGGGAGAGGAACACCUUUCAUGCAUUUCUCUGGACAUGCUAGGUGUGUCUGUGAUGCACAAACUCCGGCCCCAACCAUCAUGGGACCGUACCUGUACAGCAGCAGCAGCCAUCGGUCUCUUGUCAGAAGUACACGUCCUUCCUGAGUUGAGCUCACUUGACUUGGAUAAACAGGCAGAAGCGGUGGAAGAUGCUCUGGUGGUUUUACUGGAGGCACUUACAUCCAGGAGGCUUCGUAUGGGUAGGUCCAUCAUGCGCAAAGAAAGGCACAACAUCAAUAUCCAUUGACAUCUUUCCACUUG